UAUUAUCCUUAAAGAUUACUAGAAAAUUUAAAUUUUUAGUCUAAUCACAAGUCGAGGACUUUAUCUUUGCUACCGUACAUCAAUUUUAGUUCUAUGAUUCAGUUAAAUAUUAAUUUUGAGUCUUAAAAGUGAAGGUGUAUUUCAAAUAUCAUGUUCCGCAAUUCGACCAGUCAACGAAUCAUAGUAAUUGGAGCUUUAUUCCUUAGAAUUUUGUUUCAAUUUUGCAAUAAGUCAUAAAGGUAAGUAUUAGUUUCUCUAUUUUAUUUUAAUAUUUAACUUAAUUUUAAUACUAAUUUAAAAUAAUUAAUGUGUUUUUGAAAGAAAAUCUAGAAUUCAGUAUGUUUUAAUAUAAAUUUUACUCUUUCCCGAAGAAUGCCAAAAAGAAGAAACAUUUUACAGUACGACAGGACGGGUCUGGAGAAAGCUUUGGCAGCAGUAAGAAAUGGUACUCACUCAAUUAGAGGUGCAUCCAAAGCAUUCCAUGUGCCUAAGACGACUCUGAUAGAUAAAUUGUCUGGAAAGUCCCCAGAGAAAAGGUGGAACGGAGGACACACAUUACUUGCGCAGGACGAGGAAGAAGUUAUUGUAAAAUGGAUACUUGAGAGUGCUAACAAUGGGCAGCCAGUAACAAAAGACCACUUAUUAGAAUCUGUGGAAAUGUUGUGCCGUGCAACAAAUAAACCAACUGGUCACGACAGCUACAGACCAGGUCGGAAAUGGUACAGAUCAUUCUUGCGGAGACACCCAAGAAUAUCAGUCAGAAUUUCUCAAAAUUUAUCACAUACGAGAGCCACGGUUACCAAAGAAGAUAUUAUGCAGUGGUAUACGAAGGUGGAAGACUAUCUUUCUAAGAAGAGUCUAAUGAAUAUAAAUCCAUCAAGGAUUUUCAAUUGUGAUGAGACGGCUAUCUCUUUGUGCCCUAAAGGAGGAAAGGUGUUAGCAGCCAAGGGAAGCAAAACUGUACACUCAAUAGUUAAUGCAGGCGAGAAGGAAAAUAUCACCUUUCUGUACAUGGCAUCAGCCGAUGGUGAAUUGUAUCCUCCCAUGGUUGUUCAUAAAUAUGUCCGGGUACCAGCUAUUGUAAGGAACACUACGCCACGUGAAUGGGGAAUUGAUCUUUCACAAUCAGGAUGGAUGACAGCGGAAGUUUUCUUUGAUUACAUCAAAAAUGUUUUUUAUCCAGAAAUCCUUCGAAGACAAGUCCAACUCCCUAUUGUACUUUUCGUAGACGGACACAGAUCGCAUAUAUCAAUGCAUCUUGCAGAAUUUUGCCAUCAAGCUCAAAUUGAAAUCAUAUUCCUCUUCCCAAAUUCUACGCAUCUAUUGCAGCCCCUCGAUCUUGCUUUUUUCAAGCCUUUGAAAGAUGCUCACAAGAAAGCAAUUUUGCAAUGGCGAGGAAAUAAUCCGCAUCAGAUAUUAAGAAAAGACCGUAUCGCUGUAGUGGUCAAAUCUGCCCUUGACUCUAUGAACAAUGUUAAAGAUAUUAUUCAAAAUGGAUUUAGAGCAUCGGGCAUUUACCCAUGGGAUCCAAAUGCAGUGAAUACGGAUAAAAUCUUUGCGGAAAAUGCCUCAGAAAAUAGUAUGAUUGAAAGGGAGGCAGACGAAAUUAUCACAAGUAAUGAUAUUGAUAUCCUUGAAACAGCGGAUAUAGAAAAUGCAGCACCAGUAGAGGUGGCAGCAAAAGACACUGUUCAGUCUAUUGAAGAAUAUUUGCCACCAAGUAUUCGACAACAGUUCGUCUUGGAUGAGAAUGAUGGAGUAUUUACAGGGGCAGCACAGUAUCAGGAAUUAUUCCUUUUUUGGAGAGAUAUGAGGAAAUCGAAAACAUAUCAGCACCUUCCAGUAUCAUCUUCAGCAGCCCAGACCACUGACAUGGAUUUGCAAGAUACAGGGCGAUCAGAUUGUCCUCCAGUAUCUUCUUCAGCAGCCCAGAGCACUGACAUGGAUUUACAAGAUACAGGGCGAUCCGAUUAUCCUCCAGUGCCUUCAUCUUCAAGAGAUCAGCCCACACAGACGAAAGUGUUCGCCGAUCUUCUCAAUUGGCCAAAAAAGAAAGUCAUUGACAAGAAGACAGGCAGAAAGAAAGUGGAUGGACCCCUAUCUCUAACGAAUGAAGAAUGGAUUCAAAAUGAGAAAAAAAAACUAAAAGAAAAGGAGGAAAAAGAACAAGAAAAGGAGGCAAACAGGAUUCAGCGGCUUCUCAAAAGAAAAAUUAAAGAAGAACAGAAGGAAAAGCGUCAAAAGCGCAUAAAAAAAUGAUGGUUUAACAGAAAAUAAAGAUUUUUUCUAAUUUUUGUUACUUUGAAAUAUUAUUAUAAAACACAUGGUACGUGUUCUGGAAUUUUUAUUCAUGAAAUAUAAGAAGCUAAACUUGAAUCCAUGACUUUAUAGUUUUGUAGGCUAUAAUUUAAAUAAAAUGUGUGGUCGAGUAGAGGAACCCCAGGCGGUCGAGUAAAGGAACACUGAUAUCGCAGUGGUCGAAUAGAGGAACACUUCGCAAUUUUAAAACAUUUUAUUUUUUUUCUAAUUUUAAAUUAUAUUAUGGCCAAAUGACGUUCACAAUUAGAUAGACAAAGAUCUGUUCUAUAGUUUUAGGAAAAAAACCCAUCAAAAAACACAAAUUAUAACUCUUUUUUCAUAUAUUUUCACAAAAUCUAUCCUUAAGUGGUCGACAUAGGGU